AUGAUCAUUGCAGUAUCAUUGUCUUCUGAGUUAAAGAAAAUGUGGACAUGCAAUAUUUGCUUUAAAACUUUUGAUCGUUCAACAAGUUAUUAUAAUCAUCGCCGAAGUCACAAUUUCAAUUAUAAAAUAAGCAGUAGCGAGCAAGAGACAAGUUCAGAUGAAGAGUCCUCAGAGGAAUUUUCUUCAAAUCAAAUAUUUUCAGAAAAAGAUAAUAUUUAUAUUUAUAAUAAUAAUGAUGAUGAAGGUGAUGAAAGUAAUGAUGAUGAAGAAUCAUAUGAAAGUGACAAAGUUGAAGAAUCAAGAAUUGAGGAAAUUGUAAGCAAUGCUGAAAUUGCAAAAGAAUUGGUAUUUGAUUAUAAUGAAAUUUGUAUUAAUCAAGAAGAUGGUCAAGAACGUUCUUAUAGUGAAAUGUUUAAUUGCAAUUGGUGGAAGCAAGCAGUUAAUCAUGCGCCUUAUGGUAAUGCAACUACGCUUGAUCAUUUUGGAAAAAGUUCACGCCACCCAAUAUUUGUUACUAUUGGAAAUAUUCCAACCAAUCUUCGUAAUAAACCUGAAUCAAAAACACUUGUUGGACUAAUACCAAUUUUAGAAAGUUCUAAACAAAUAAAAGAAACUGAAGAAUUUCGUAAAGCAAUUAGAAUUACUUUUUAUAAAUGUUUUGAGAUUCUUCUUGCUCCAAUCCGAGUUCAACAUCAAACAGAAGAAAUGUUACCAAGAACACAACAGAAUAUGCAAACUGCCAUCAAUUCUGGUUUGACAAAAGAGCAUUCUAUUCAUGAACAGAAUAAUGCCUUUUGGAAUUUACCGAAUUUUAAUAUUUAUAGUGCAACAGUGCCAGAAAAAAUGCAUCACCUUGAUCUUGGACUUUUUCCUUACAUGAUUGAAUUUACACGUAAUUUAUUAAAGAAUCAGGGAGGAAAUGCAUUAGUUGAAAAAAUGGAUACAAGACUUGCAGCUAUUCCACGACAUCAUGGACUAAAAAUUUUCCAUAAUGGAUUAGCAGAUCUUGCUCGUUUUACUGCACUUGAGUAUCGAAAUAAUAUGAUGCGAGUUAUGCCAUUUGUACUUGAUGGAUUAUUAGAUAAUGGAGGAUUGGAUAGCAAAUUAACAGGUUUAUAUUUAAAAUGGAAUGAUAUAUAUAGAAAAACAAGAAAAUUAGCAUUUACUGAAAGAGAGUUGGAUGAUUUUGAGAAAUUAAUGAAGAGUUGGGCAAAAGACUUUCUUUGCUAA